AUGGGGCAAUACUGGAACCUGUUCAACGUUGACAAGCGUCAAAAGGGGAAGAAAGUGCGGGGAAAGUUCGACGACUUCAUCUUCAGCGGCCACGACUGGCUCGUCAAGCUCCUCGCACGUCCGGAGUACUCCGACGCCGUUCCAACUCUCUACUCUUUGAUCCAAACUUCCAACGACAGGGAUCAACAAGGACCCCUCCUAAACCUCCCACCCGAGCUCCACGCAGUCAUCUUCGCACACCUCUCCUCUCUCGACGACGCCGCCUGUCUCACAGUCGCGCACCGUCUCCUCGCGCCCGAAGGAUACCGCCGCGUCGCACAACUUCGACGCGAGGAGUGCACACACUGGGGAAGCUGGGCAGGCGAUCGUAUCAUCACAGCUGGAGACUACAUUGACGAGUUACCCGAGAAUCUAUUGACGCCUGAUGAAGAAGCCGAGAUGGUGAUCGAGGGAGCGAGGUUCUAUAACUUUGCGUAUCAUCAUUAUGAGGGUCAUGCGCCCCUUGCGUUCAAGCCGUUCCUUCGUAUACCACCGGAUGCAGUUGGUGAUCAUCUACGCGCACGACUCCUUCUCGACUCCACUUCUCCGCGAUACCCGUUGCACGGAACAUGGGUCCUAUGCAACAUCUCCCGCAAAGCAUACAUCCGCGCGGACGCCCUUACCACCCUAGACUGGCAGAUCAACUGUCAAAUCGACGGUCCGUUCAUCCGGGGGACGAACGCUGCCGUGGACCUCGGCACAUUGGUCAUCAUGAUGACAUCUUGCUCUGACGAUCUGGGAGACGUAGGGACGGCUGGACCGUGGGCAGGAGAUCGGUUGGCUGUUAUUGGUGUUGAGGAGCUUGAAGGGGAAGGUUGGGAGGAUGUAUCGGUGAUGGGUUUGGGUGUGGUGAGGGACUGUAUUGUUGCCAAUGAGAGAGUGAUGUAG